GCUCUGGAAAUUAAUAUAGCCUGUGGUUACUUGGUAAAGUCCACGCAGCAUUUGACAACGUGACAAUAAGCGGGUUUGCGAGAUGAUAUUAACAGGCAAUUUAUCAAAGAACCCACGCUGCACGGCGAGUGGUUUUUGAAAAAUCGUGAUAAUAAACCGGACGUGAUAUUAAGCGAGGUGAUAUAAAACGAUUUUAUCUGUCUUACCUAAAGUACAGUGAGCAAGAAAUUAGUAUAGAAUGGGCUUUUAUUAGUGUUAAUACGGUACUUGAGAGGUUUCAACGCGUUAGUAAGGGCGUAGACACGCACCCUUGCUAAUCACAUGGCUGAAAGUAAGUAGCAUUUCUCUUUCUGUAGUUAAAGUACUGUCACAAACGAGUCGGGCUCAGGUUCUUCGCGAUUAUAACUGGACAUGGCAGCAGAAGCAGCACCGUUUAAGGUCUCCUCUCUCAAUGGAAAAGUUGCGCUUGUCACUGGCGCCAGCUCAGGAAUAGGGGCUUCGACAAGCAUUUUGUUUGCCAAGUUGGGUGCUAAGCUGGCACUUAAUGGGCGAGACAUGGAAAACUUAACAAAGACUGCCAAACAGUGCAAGGUUGCUGGACAAAGUGAGCCACUGCUGGUACCUGGUGACCUGAUGGAUGAAGACACUGCUAAGAAGAUCAUUGAGAAGACUGUAGAUCACUAUGGAAGACUGGAUGUGCUCAUAAACAGUGCUGGAAUCCUCGUCAUGGGAAGCAUUGAGACGACUGAUAUGGAACAGUAUGACAGAGUAAUGAACACUAAUGUUAGGUCUGUUUACCAUCUCACCCACCUUGCUGUGCCACACCUGGUAAACAGCAAAGGCUGUAUUGUGAAUGUCUCCAGUGUAAAUGGGCAAAGAUCUUUUCCUGGAGUGCUGGCCUAUUGUAUGUCAAAAUCUGCAAUUGACCAGUUCACAAGAUGUACUGCUUUAGAACUGGCUUCUAAACAGGUGCGUGUGAAUUCUGUUUGUCCUGGUGUAAUCAUCACUGAAGUGCACAAGCGGGCUGGUCUUGAUGAAGAACAAUAUGCCAAGUUUCUAGAGAAAUGCAAAGAGACUCAUGCACUUGGAAGACCCGGGGAAGUGGAUGAAGUUGCUCAAGCAAUUGCCUUCCUGUCUUCUGACGCAGCUUCCUUCAUCACAGGAGUGAACUUACCAGUGGAUGGGGGGCGCCAUGCAAUGUGUCCCAGAUAAGAAGAGCAGGAACGCUGAUGUAAUCUGCCACUAGGGGACAGUAUUGGUACAUGAGAUUACAACCACAUCUAGGUUGUAUUGUACUUUCAUUAAAAAAAUGCAGCGGAAGAAUCCCCAAUUCACAGAUUUAUUUCUGCUUAGUUUUCAGAAAGUAAAUUACAAGUAUGCAAUUCCUUGACAAAUGUUUCUAAAGGGGAUAUUAAAGGCUUUUAUUGUUAAA